GUGCGCGCGCACUGAUUACGGAGCACGACGACGUGUUGUGAUGUCGUAAAGACGCGAACGAAACAAGAGAACUCGGAUGAAGCGAGCACAGCUUUACGGCUGAAAUAACGGUUACCGUCAUCACUUGUUAGCCAGCUUAGCUAUAGCCUAGCGCACACACACACACACACACACACACACACCGCUCGAGCACCAGGAACACCGGAACCACCGCUGUUCAUGUUCCGUCACGAAGUCGGCGUCCUGUCGUUCCUUCCGUCCUGUUCGUAUCUGUUCCAAUACGACAAGAGGAACAUGUCCCGCUACAACAUCUACAGCCUGCUGGACUGGAUGUACGGCGGUGUGGACCCCCGGUUCGAGGGGAACGGGGGCCCCGAGUGCGCCUCCUUCCUGCCCCCGGGGCAACGCGCGUGUGAGAGCGUUCUGUUCGUGCUGCUGUCCCUGGCCGAGGUCGUCGUGUCCACACGUAACAUCAACGUGUCCAAGGCGCACCGGGACGCGCUCAGGGACACCCGCAGGCACAAAGAGGACAGUCUGGGCAAGAACCUGCUGCUCGCCGCCCUCUGCAUCACCUUCGGGGUGGAAGUGGGCUUCAAGUUCGCUACCAAAACCGUCAUCUACCUGCUGAACCCCUGUCACGUGGUCACCAUGAUACAGAUCUUCCUGCUUGCGUGUCCACCCUGUAAAACAGCCAUGGUCGUGUUCAGGCUUCAGGUUCACAUGCUGAAUGGUGCCCUGUUAGCGCUUCUCUUUCCCGUCGUCAACACCAGAUUACUUCCCUUUGAGAAGGAGAUCUACUACAUCCAGCACUCCAUGCUCUACCUGGUGCCCAUCUACCUGUUCAGGAAAGGAGGUGUCUACAAACCAGAGCCACUAGGUGACAUGUGGUGGGCUUUGUUAUCUACAGGCAUCCUCUUCUUCUACCAUUUUGUGUUCCUGCAGGGGCUCGGAAUGGUGACCGAGGUGAAUCUGAACAACAUGCUGUGUCCGGCCGUGUCCGAUCCCUUUUACGGGCCGUGGUACCGCGUGUGGGCCACCGCUCACCAGACGGCGCUGACGCUGGUACACGGCAAAGCGCUCACCAUCAUCUGUCAGCAGGCCACGCCCGCUCUGGGUCACAUGCUCCAAUCUGCACGUCUGCGCUCCAAGAAAGUCGACUGAAACUCCGAGCACAAGCUUCUGUAAAAGUCCGCUCGUCCUCUCCUGUUAUUUCUCUUCUUCUUAUUUUUUAUCUCUCCAGUUGGUGAUAACAAAAAAGGUCAAAGUUGCUAACGAUAAAUCGAUUUAAACGUCUUCACACCACGUUACACUGCCACCUCGUCAGGCCGCUCAUUAUUAUUAUUAUUAUUAUUAUUAUUAUUAUUAUAAAAGUUUCUGAUUUAUUCUUCAGGAGUCAAAUAUAGUCGAAUACUCCAGAAGAGAAGUUGUACAGUAUUUUCCUGCUGAUAAAUCAUGAGACGAUUGAAUGAGACGAUCGAGUCUACAUAUGAAUCCGAAUGAUUGACAGGUGUAAAAGUAACUGCUACACAACCAGGUAGUUAAAGGCAUUUUACUGAAGAGUUACUGUUAGUUUUAUUAACUAGAACAUCACGAUCCGACCGUGUGUGUGAUCGUCUCUGACCGUAAGCAGUUCCCGACCCCACAGCUGCUGAUGUUCUUCCUCUAAUCUCUUUAAACUGUCUGAUAUUAAUCACCACCACCACCUGGAUGCCCCGCCCCCCUUCCAUCACCUCUCUGGCUCUUGACCCGACUCGCGCCGCUCUCACUUUCUGUCACAGUAAACACACACGUCGUUUUAAGAACGGAACUCUUUUAUCAAUAAUGUUGAUGACGACGUCGUCCGUGUGAACGUUACACUAACGACCGGUUCAUGGAUUUCUACUGAAACUCUUCUGUUCCAGUCUCUUUAACUCUAAACCCGUCUCUCUGACAGCUGCUUGGGUUCUUACUCAUCUUUUACUCUCUUUAAACCUGAAACAGUAGAAAAUCUCCAUCGUCCGUUUCAAGGCUGGAGGAUUAAAUCAUUUAUCGUGAUUUUUAUUUUUUUAACACUCUCGCACUGGUGCGAGUCGCUCGGUGUCUCGUGUCUCUGUAGCUCAGUGUUGUGGACCAGAGCUGAGGACCUUCCUGAAGUCUGCUGGAUUCUGAGGUUCUGUUCAUUCAGAGCAGACUUUUAUCUUCAGUUGCCUUGUUAUUUUUAUUUUAUGUGAUGUUUUUUGUACAGUGGUGUGAAUCCACGCUUACACGUGUUCACCUUCAUCCCGUCGGUGUUCAGCGCUCAGUGGUGUUUAACGUGUAGUGAACAGCAUCCGUGUGUCGACGUAGUGUUCGUAUCGAUGUGUGCUGCUUUUAUCACUUCCUGAGCUUCACCUCACUGUGAUUUUAACACAUCGUUAGUCUGCUUUUGAAACGACGGACGAUGAAUUCCUCACUUUCCAGCCGGUCUAUGGGCCGAGCGCAGGGUGAGAGAGCGAGCGAGCGAAACGCCGUCUGGAAAGAUUUUACAAAAACUUGUAGGUUUUUCUCUGUGAUUGGAACGUCAUCGUUUCUUUGUUUUUCUUCUUCUUUUUUUUUAAUUAAAACUUCCUCAAACUGCACAUUAACAUGUUUUUUAAAAAAAUGUUACUAAAAUUUGUCAUAACGUUCAUCAUCUGACUCUAACAGACUUUAGUAGAGACUUUCUUCUGAGAACUGAAGCUUUUGACCUCAGAAAAAACGUCAGUCAGGUACAUGAGGGAAAUCAUUCCAGCUUCAGUGGAUACAACACACACACACACACACACACAUACACAUACACACACACACAUACACAUAAACACACACAUACACACACAUACACACACACACACAUACACACACACACACAAGAAACAGGCUUGAUCUCAGCAGUUGGACCUCAGCAGGGUUUUGGUGGAACCCAGACGGUUUUCCGACGAGGACUGGAGGCGUCUGGAGACGAGGUGACGGACGAAAGGGAUUUUGUAGUUAGUUUUUUUUUUGUACAUAUUUUUGGUGAAGUAUGAACUGUAUUGUGGUAAUGAAAAAUAAAAGUUCUUCCCUAA